ACCACAAGUCUGGCGGUGGGGUUACUAAGGAUGGCAGUCCCUCCUCAGAUCCCUCCUCUCCUUUGUGCAGAGAGAGCCUAUUAAUACCUGACCUCCUCUGGUCAGAUAUUACUCUUCUUUCUCUCUUUUCUCUUCAGCCCAAACAGCCAAUUCGCAUUCUAGCUCACAACCUUGACUUCGGUCGUCCACUCUUUUCCAACGCUCUUAAGCUUCAAGCUUCAACUACUUUCGUUAUCUAACCAACGAUUACUUGUCGUUUAUUAAACGUACAAAUUAAAUCAACCAAACCAGUCAAAAUGCGUUACUCUACCGUCGCCCUCUUCGCCGGUGCCGCCAUGGCCACCAGCACCGUCUACUCCACGGAUGUUGUCACCAUCACCUCUUGCGGCCCUGAGGUCCCUGACUGCCCUGGCAACUCCUACCCUACUCAGGGUGGCUACCCCGUCGAGUCUUACCCUCCCGCCGGCGAGACCACCACCAGCGAGGCUCUCCCCACCACCUCUGCCUACCCUACCUCGGAGAGCACCCCCGCUGUUUACCCUACCAGCUCUUACCCCGUCGAGAGCCCCAGCUCUUCCGCUGAGACCUCUGCUGUCACUUCUGCUUCCUACCCUCCCAGCAGCUACCCCGUCGGAAGCAGCAGCAGCAGCGCCUCUCCUUCCAGCUACAGCUCUUACCCUGCUGGCCCUGGCUCUUCCUCGGUCCCUUACCCGACCACUCUGGAGACCUCUUCUGCUCCCUCCUACCCCAGCACCUCGGUGAUCCCCAUCACCUACACCACCUGUGUGCCCACCACCUCGGUCAGCUACUCUACCGUGACCUACGCUCCUAGCAGCAGCGUCAGCGUUUCUGUCCCUGCCAGCUACCCCGCUAGCUACCCUGUUCCCACCACCAGCGUCAUCCCCACCGGUGGCUACACACCUGCCCCCUACCCUACUGGUAGCCCCAUCCCCACUGCCGGUGCUUCGACCAUGGCCGGCUCUGCGUUCUUCGCCGCUGCCGCCGGUGUUGCCGCUGUUCUCUUCGCCUAAGCGCCAAGCAAGCACAAUUGCUUGAAAACAGAAUUCCCUUGUUUAAUGACUCAACCUCCUUUUUGUCGUUUGUGAGCAAGCCUCGGAAUGAAA